AUGCCUGAUACGUGGAGAGACAUUUCGGCGCGAAAGCUCGAGGAGCGCUCCAGCAGAAUCCCAUCUGCCUGGCGUCUUUCCGCAGAAAGCAUCAAGCCCAUCAGUGACAGCGUGCUUCAUGUGCCACGGCGAUGUGGCUUACUCGAGCCUCAAGAACUAGCGAUCACCGAGGACUAUGAUGCUGUCACGUUGGUCGAUCUACUAGCACAGGCUCACUUCAGCAGUGAAGUCGUAACGCGUGCGUUCUGCAAACGCGCUGCCAUUGCUCAGCAAGUCUCGAACUGCCUGACGGAAAUUCUAUUCGACGAUGCGCUUUCGAGAGCUCGGGAGCUUGAUGCGCAUCUGGCGCGUACAGGAAAGCCGAUUGGACCGCUUCAUGGGUUGCCCAUUUCGCUCAAGGACUCCUUUAAGGUCAAGGGCUACGAUGCGUCGGUAGGCGUGGCCAACAUCUGUUUCAAGCCAGCGAGCGAGAAUUCCGCUUUGGUAGAUCUCCUUCUCAGUCUCGGCGCAGUGCUUUACUGCAAGACCAAUGUGCCGCAAAGCAUGAUGGCGCUCGACUCGCAUAACAAUGUCUUUGGUCGUACCUUGAAUCCGGCCAAUCUCAAGUUGACAGCAGGCGGCUCGAGUGGAGGCGAGGGUGCUCUGUUGGCUUUGAGAGGUAGCAUCCUGGGCGUGGGAACGGACGUCGGCGGCAGUAUUCGCAUCCCUGCUGCCUGCAAUGCCUUGUUCGGCAUCAAGCCGUCGCAUGGUCGUGUCCCAUUUGCAGGACAAGAGAAUGGGCACAAACCCGGGUCCUCGAAGCUGAUGAUUGAGGCCACUGCUGGUCCUCUAUCGCAAAGUCUACGAAGUUGCGAGAUGUUCUUGCGUGUGGUCCUCGACGCUUCUACUCAUACAUCAGAUCCAGAUGUGCUUCCUCAAGACUGGUCCCAGCAGGUAUCGCUCAGGACCUCGAAGAGACGCAUUCGAGUCGGUAUCAUCCGGACGGAUGGUCACGUCAGCCCAUUACCGCCAGUAGAAUCUUUUCUCAACUCUGUAGCAACCAGUCUUCGCGCGGCGAUCUCGGACUUCGAAAUUGUCGAAGUCGAUGCAACGCAGGUCCUCUCUCGCACCAACAAGACCUUCAACGGAAUCGUCUCUCUCGAUGGCGCAAACACGUGGUUCGACCAUUUCGAGGCAACAGGGGAGCCGCUCUCGCCUUGGCUACAAGGACGUCUCACCCGCAGGAAACAGAAGUCCAUCAAUGAGAUCUGGGACUCCAAAGGCGCUAUCUCCGAGCUGCAGAAGAAGUUCCUCGAGCUGUGGAAAUCCCCAGACGGCUCGCCGCUUGAUGCUCUCAUCUGUCCGGUCAUGCCGCAUCCCGUCGCUCCCAUCGAUCGCUGGGGAACGCCAAACUACACCGCCGCGUUCAAUCUCCUAGACCUUCCCGCCGGCGUAGUCCCGGUGCGACCGUUAACGCAGGAGGAUCUCGCUGAGGAACUGCCUGGCGGCUCCAAACCUCUCAACCCGUGGGACCAAAGUAAUCGGGAGCUAUGGACCAAGGUGGACAGAAACGUCUACUUGGGCAGCAUGCUUAGUCUGCAGGUCAUCACGCCGCGCCUGAGAGAGCGGCAAUUGGUGGAGGUCAUGAGCCGUGUGAGCGAGGCACUUCGGCCAUCAGGCGGACGGGAGAAGUCGGCACGCAGUAGAUUGUAA